UGGUCCUCUUUGAUGUUCGUGGGGUGGUCUUGUAUAUUUAUACAGUUAUUACAUCUCCACGCGGUGAAAGACUCGCUUUAAGGUAGGUAAACCGCAAUUCUUUCUGAGCAGCAGCAUUGGAUAGAACCACAAUUUGUGGCUGGGAGACCGCUCCAGAAAGAAGGCGUCACGAUCUGCAGACAUUGUAAACAGAGGCUGCGACCCGGAGCGGCAAAGCAGCCCUGACGACAAACACCACCCGCCACUUAUACGGCUGGCUGCUAGCAGCAUACUCCAGACAAAUAACACCAUGCAUCAAGUGCAAGUCUCCCCAACCCCUCCACCCAACCUGCUCCGGCUUCUGGAGCAGCACCUGCCACACUCUCUGCCCCUCCUGCGGCGGCUGCAGUUCACCAGGUUCCCAGGUGGCAUCACGGAACACACCCGGAUCCUAUUCGCUUCUGGUGACGACAGCCAUGGGGGCGGGGCCGGCGCCGCGAUAGACCCGACGGCACCCUUCGCUGCGGCGUAUGUCGACUUCUCUCGCGGCCCGGAGACGGAGGUGUGGAUGUACUCGUCCCUCGAGUCGCGGGGUUCCGAGAUUGCAAGCCCGGAGAUCCGCACCUACUGCACCACCGCCACCACCACCGCGGACGCGGCGACGCCAGAGGCACAGAGGCAGACGGAGGUCGACCUUGCGAUCGCGGUGCUGCGCGAGACCAAGGCCCAGCUGGACGCAUACACUGCUGCCGGGUGGAAGCGGGAACGCGAGGUGGUCCUGCUCGGCACAUUCAGCGAGAAGCUCAGGGAGGCGGUCGUCGCUGCUGCAUCAUCGCCGCCAAUGGCGUUCCCCGACGUUGAACUAUAUGACAAGUGGCUCAUGCGACUCGAGGGACUGCCCGAUAUACCGGACGACAAGGUGCUGGGCUCUGUCAGUGGUCAAGGAAAGGAGAGCGGGGAGACGCUGCACUGGACCCAGGUCCGGAGGGAGGACAUCGCCAUGGUGUUGUCGCGGACUAGCAUCCCACGCAAGGAGCGCACUAUUGUGCUACUCCCAAGCAUCGCACUGGCUAAGGAGGACGGGACGCUGGUGGCGUGGGCUUUCCUCGGUCCCGACUCCUCUUUGACAAGUUUACAUUGCGAGCCCGAGUACCGUGGUAGGGGCUUGGCCAAGGCAGUCGCCGUCAAGAUAUUCAGAGAGCACCUGGGACGGUAUGGCGACGACGGGUAUUGCUUCGCAGAUGUAGCUCCGGAGAACAAGGCAAGCCAAGGUGUGUGCAAAAGCCUGGGAGCGAAGGCAGCAUGGCGGCAUUCAUGGGCAAGGAUGGAUCUCGAUAAAAGUUUUCCGGAUAUGCAAAAGGAACAGAGCGGCAUCUAGUUGCGUAUCGGACGUCCCGACACUAUUUUCUAUUGUGAGCUUACUCGUUGGACUUCCUCGAGAUAAAACUUCAGCAUUUCUGGCUUCACGAACGGCGUCACACCUAGAUAUAAACGAGAUUAGAACUGGGGAAAGACAAUAGAAGAAUUCAGGGACCAGUAGCAUCU